GUAAAACCUUAAGCUUUCUAUACUGUGGGACACACAUUACGCUUUUAAGAAAUUAAACAGUCAGCUACAGCGUGAGUUAUGAUAUUUUUGUCGUCUGAAUUUAUUUUCUUAUAAAUUAACCCGGAAGUGAUUUUGGUAGUAUUUCCUCUUUUUUUUUUAAGGAGAGUUAUUCUACACAGAAGCAUGUGUGUGUUUUCAUCUGUCAUUGAGAAAUCAAACAGCGUAGAAUAUUAUUAGAUAAGAGAUGUUGGUUCUAAAUCGAUUACGGCCAGCUGCCUCUUCUCAAGCUCAGAGUAUAUGCUUGGUGAAUACGAGGCAUUCGCUUUCAAAAUCGCUGAAAUCGACAACAACAACGUGCUCCGAUUUCGAACCAGCUUUCUUAAAUGAAAAUGACACUGACAGUCCGACAAGACACUGUCUCCCACUUACACAUUUUUGGAAAUGUUUGGAAACACGGCAGCAAGCGACGGCAGCCAAGUUAUUUUCAACAACCUCGCCAUACAGUCAGUACGGGCUGGGUUUCAGGACUUUCUCCACCGUUUUAAAAACGCAGAACUGUUGGAAUUGCGGGGAAAGUCUGCAACAAACUCACACUUACUUCUGCACGACGUGCAAAGUUCUUCAGCCGCCCGAUGAGGACAGGAACUACUUUGACAUAAUGGACUGUGAGAACUCAUUUGCUGUGGACAUUCAGAAGCUUCAGCGAACAUACAGAAACCUGCAGCGUUCUCUUCACCCUGACAAUUUCAGCCAGAAACAAACGAAAGAGCAAGAGCUAUCUGAAAAACAGUCAGCGUUGGUGAACGAGGCCUAUAGGACCCUGCUUGGACCCCUGAGUCGAGGGCUUUAUAUGCUAAAGCUUCAAGGACUGCAGCUAGAAGAAGGCACACACUUUGCUAUGGAGCCACAGUUUCUUAACGAAAUCAUGGAAAUCAAUGAGAGCCUGGCUGCAACACAAACAGAGGAGGAAGCCAGUGACAUUGGACAUUGUAUUCAAGACAGAUUGCAAGAGUUGAUCAGAGACGUCAGUGAGUCGUUCAGCAAAGGAGACCUUAAAAAGGCAAAGAUGCUUCUGGCUAAAAUGAAGUACUUUGUCAACAUUGAGGACAAGGUGAAGGAAAAGCUCUCUUCAUCCUGAGGGUCGAUACAGCCUGGCUCAGCACUUACAAGAUCUUUUUUUAAUAUCAUGGAUAAUACUAUUUAAAUUAAAAUUCUUUAUAAUACUGGAAUACUUUUACGAUUUAAACUUACAAGUAAUACAAUUAAAGUGGCUUUAGCUCACUAAAUACCUUUGUAGCUAUUGCCUGUCGUGCAAUUCUAUUGACUAUAUAGGUCUCAAAUGUGCAGUUUUGAUAGAAAGAUGAUAUAGCAAAUACAUAUUUUCAUUUUAAAACAUGGCAUCUGAUAGGCAAAAGAAAGUUCUCAGUUUGCUUGCCUUCCCUUCCAGGAAGUGUCUUACAGUUGCACUUCCUGGGUCGGUUCACCCCAGCAUUGUCUUUGGUUAUUAACAGGAAAAGUCGACCCAGAAGAGGUGGGCUCAGUUUCACUCUGCAGAUGAAAUGACCGUGGAAGUGCAAGACAGCGAGGCCUGCAAUGAUUUCUUUAACCUAGUGUGUUUGCAGAUAUACUUUUAAAAUACAAAUUCGUUAUUGAUUGCUAAGAUACAUAGAUUGCUUUGAAAACUACACAUUUGAGGACUACUAAAUAGUGAAUGGAUGUUAGCUUCAAUCACUGUAAUGCUAGAAGUACACAGCUUUACUGCAAAUACUCUGUAACACAAUGUGUGAAGAAGUUUUUCUCCAGUUUGUGACCAGUUUGACGUUUUUUUAAUGUAUUAAUUUAUUUUUUAAAGAACUAUUUUUGUGGUCCAGAUUUGGUACAAAUCAAGUAUUUCAAUACCUGGAUGUGUCAUAUGAAAAAUGGUUUUAUUAAAUUACAUUCUAUUUAAGACCAGAAGUACGAAGACAAUGGCCUGUGAAUUCAUCAGAACUGAAAUCAGAGAUUGUCAUGGCUUCUUGAGAGGGAAACACUUAAAAGGAUCUUUUUAAACCGCUAAUUAGAACUACUGGCACACAUAAUUGUAAAUCCUUUCAAAGUUUAGGGGUGAAUAUAUUAGCUUUUGAUAUCAUCAGAACUGUUUUAUUAUUCCUGCUGAAGGUCUUGCAUACUAAAUCAAAUAUGUUUCAAAGCAGGAAUGCAGAUUUCUAAACACAAGCUGUCAUUUUGAAUUCCCGUCUUCCUGCUCCCCACCCCCUGCUCCCCUGGACAGCUCAUGUAUGCAGGUUCAGUUGUUUUCUCUCCUUCACAUCUUAUCUUUUCAUUUCACGUCCUGCUACGAAUUAUAUUUUUUUCCCCCUGUAACUCAGGACCUCCUGUUGACUCUUUCGCCCUUGUGUCAAAGAAAAAGAACAUUGAACUCGUAUCUCACGUUUUGCUGUACAUUUAAUACAUUAGAGCGUACAUAUAUACAAGUACAGUCGAUGUAAUACACAAGCAAUUGUAGUCUAAUAAACAUAAAAAAAAUACAACUUUCACUAAGACAAAAAAAUGCAAACUCUAAAGUUCUGUUACUUUGUCAUCAUAAUAUUUUCUCUUUCUGUAAAUGAUAAAUACAAGAAUCCUUAGUAAUAAUGCAUGUUUAGUACUGUAGAUGAACAAGCCUCCAAAUUGCCUAAUUCCAUCUUCUACAUUUAAGAGUAUGGCAAGCAGCCCAGAACUAACUUAUGUUUAAUAAAUGUGAGGUUUGUUGUGUGGUUAUGCAAAUAUUGUUUCAACUUAGAUGAAUGUUGUUUUGCUAAAAGGUUUAAGUGUAUGCUUUAUAUUAUCUGCAUGUUCAUAAUGUUUAAUGUCUUACCUGUUCAAUAUCCAAUUUUGAGUGCUUUGCGUGAUUCUCUAUGGCUGCUAAGCGUACUAACUAUUCCAGCAUUAAUAUGUAUCAAUGUGCAUCCAGUACACAAUGCUGUGUCGAAGGCUUUCAGUUCACAGUGUACCUCUAGGCUUCUUCACAAGUGUGCUUCUUUCACAACUGAAAUGUAUACCUAUGUCUGUCCUACUUCUGGGUGGCGGUUUGAAUGAAUGAAUUACUUUAACUCCACACCACUUUGACCUUGACUGAUCCAUUUCAGCAGAAAAGGGGAGUUUUUUUUGUUCUUCAUCGUCUUAUCCAAUCAGAUUCCAAGUAGAGUGGCCCUCUAAAUGGGCCUUAAAACUCUAGAAUCGCUUUAAAGGGCAGCUAAAUUUUAAGCGGCUUAAGCGAGCCAGUCCAAAGUAUAACUUAAAAACAAACUACAUGUCUUCGUUCACAAAAAAACCAUUAGUUUAUAAUAGCGUUAAUAUCCUCUACAAUGGUACCUUGGGUACCUAGCUGCUGCUGCAGUCAAUUAUCUAGCUGGUGUUGACUGCAGUAUUGGACAUUAACGCUUAAUUGUAGCAGCUUUUACACUUU